UCUGGCAGUCAGACGUGUGGAUCGCAAUUCCGGAAAACCCAGAGCCGAGAACCCGAGAGCCCCAGUGCAAAGUGGAGGAAAAGUCUCCCACAGAUUCUCCGUCCGUGAACGGUUUACAAUUGCGGUUUACGGUCCGCGCUAACGGGGUUUUUCCGACUAAUACUCGAAAGUUAACCCAUUAACUGGCUGGCAGAGUGUUAGCGUGAGUGGGCCGCAAUAAUAUCAAUAAAUGCCUUAGCAAUAACUAUGCCAACUGCAGUUCGCUCUAAACUCAACUAAACCAAACUAAACCCAACUAAUCCAAACUAAACCAAGCCAGAGACCAAACAAAAUAGAGAAAAACUUGUUGAAGUACUUGAUUGAUGUGUGUACCCAAUUGGCUGCCGAAUUGAGCGAGCGAAAAGCGAGAAGGAAAAGGAGUCUCCGCUGCCUGGGAAAAAGGCAUGCAUCGGGCCCUCCAGUUCAGCUGCUCAACUUGUCGACUUUCGGCCCAAACCGCUGACCAGGCCAGGACCUCCCAGGAUCCCCGGAUCCAGGACGAAACAGAACAGAACGGGACACGGCCAGUCCUCAGCCAUGGCUGCUGAAUAAUUAAUGCAGUUUCGCUCUCCGGUGCUCGGCAAACGACAAAACUAAUUUAUGGCAUUAAAAAUGCAUAUUUUCUAGCAGUGCGUCGCCAGUUUUUAUCAUUUGCCAGAAAGGCAAAAGGCGCAAUCCACCAGCAGCUGUGCCAGAAAAAUACGGAGAGAAGCUAAGAAGACACGUCGGUGGAGAAUUGGAUUUGGCUGCGAAGGAUUUCGAGUCCGAGUCCGAGUCGGAAAGUUCUUUAGUCAGCAGCCGAAGGAGCGCAGGAUAAUUCACAUUUUUUCCACGGGACUGGCAACGAAAUGGCUUUCCUAUGUGCACCGCUGGCCAGAGUAAUGACAUGGCGACCAUUGGUGACCUAUCGAUGAUCUCACCGCCCACGUCUUCCAUCUCGAACGACCAAGAUCCGUUUGGACAGCUGCCCCCGCUACCGCCGCCACUGCGUUCCACCCAAGUGCUCCAGCCGCUGAGCGUGUUUCCAGUGUCCAAUUUGAGCGAAGAUUCCUACGAUUAUGUUUUUGGUGGUCGACGUAAGACUCCGCCCACAACAACGUCAACACAACUCAAGCUGACCUCACCGCCCGUGCGCUUGCGACCCGAAGACGCCUAUCGCGGAGCUAACAUAAACAACGGAAGGUUCUAUCGUCACUCCUUCAGCUACGCCCCCAAAAGGCAGCGCCACUCGAGUCGGGAUGAUCGAGACCGCGAGUCUAGGUUGAGAUGUCAUGGCGAGGACGAGGCCACACUGCGCCAAUUGCUGCUCGAUUUGCAAAAGCAAGUUAGCGUGAUGAGCAUGAAUCUGUCAGCGAAACUCGAUGAGCUGCAGCGGGGAGAUCGACACCUGGAGACGACGGUCGCCCUGUGCGAAAUCCGCACCCAGCUCCAGGAGCUGACCAAGUCCGUGGAGAGCUGCCAGAGCGAAGUGUCCGAGGUGAAGCGCGAUAUGGUGGCCAUCAAGCACGAACUGGACACCGUGCAGCAGGUGAAGGAGGAGAUCGAGGAGCUGCGCGAAUACGUCGAUCGACUGGAGGAGCACACGCACAGACGGAAGCUAAGACUUUUAGAACAAGUUUGUAGCUUAAAUUAUUUGCCAUGUUGUGGUCUCACCUUCUUCCUCACCUACUCGAUCUUCUCGGCGGUGCUGGGCAUGCUGCAGUUCGGUUACAACACCGGCGUCAUCAACGCGCCCGAGAAGAACAUCGAGAACUUCAUGAAGGACGUCUACAAGGACCGCUACGGCGAGGACAUCAGCGAGGAGUUCAUCCAGCAGCUCUACUCGGUGGCGGUCUCCAUUUUCGCCAUCGGCGGCAUGCUGGGUGGUUUCAGCGGCGGCUGGAUGGCCAACCGCUUUGGCAGAAAAGGCGGCCUACUGUUAAACAAUGUGCUCGGAAUUGCCGGCGCCUGUUUGAUGGGAUUUACCAAAGUUAGUCAUUCCUAUGAAAUGUUAUUCCUUGGCCGAUUUAUAAUUGGUGUAAAUUGCGGCCUCAACACGUCGCUGGUGCCCAUGUACAUCUCCGAGAUAGCGCCACUGAAUCUGCGCGGUGGCUUAGGUACUGUUAAUCAAUUGGCUGUGACUGUAGGUUUACUAUUAUCCCAAGUGCUGGGCAUCGAGCAGAUCCUGGGCACCAACGAUGGAUGGCCAAUCCUGCUGGGCCUGGCCAUCUGCCCGGCGAUCCUGCAACUCAUCCUGCUGCCUGUCUGCCCGGAGUCGCCCAGAUAUCUGCUCAUCACCAAGCAGUGGGAGGAGGAGGCGCGCAAAGCCCUGCGACGACUGCGAGCCUCCGGUUCCGUGGAGGAGGACAUCGAGGAGAUGCGGGCCGAGGAGCGGGCCCAGCAGUCCGAGAGCCACAUAUCGACCAUGGAGCUGAUCUGCUCGCCCACCCUGCGUCCGCCCCUGAUCAUCGGCAUCGUAAUGCAGCUGAGCCAGCAGUUCAGCGGCAUCAACGCCGUCUUCUACUACUCCACAUCGCUCUUCAUGAGCUCGGGAUUGACUGAGGAGAGCGCCAAGUUCGCCACGAUAGGCAUCGGCGCCAUAAUGGUUGUAAUGACCCUCGUCUCCAUUCCGCUGAUGGAUCGCACGGGUCGCCGGACCCUGCACCUUUAUGGCCUGGGCGGAAUGUUCAUAUUCUCCAUCUUCAUCACCAUCUCGUUCCUGAUCAAGGAAAUGAUCGACUGGAUGUCCUACCUCUCGGUGGUGGCCACCCUCGGCUUCGUCGUCUUCUUCGCGGUGGGACCCGGAUCGAUUCCCUGGAUGAUCACCGCCGAGCUCUUCUCCCAGGGACCCCGGCCCAGUGCUAUGGCCAUCGCGGUGCUGGUCAACUGGAUGGCCAACUUUGUGGUCGGCAUCGGAUUCCCCAGCAUGAAGACUGCCCUGGAGAACUACACGUUCUUGCCGUUCAGCGUGUUCCUGGCCAUCUUCUGGAUAUUCACCUACAAGAAGGUGCCCGAGACGAAGAACAAGACCUUCGAGGAGAUCCUGGCCCUCUUCCGGCACAACAACGGCAGGAGUAUGCUAAACUGCACAAAUAGCUUGGAGCCACAAAGUAUGAAUUCUGGCAUCGAGCAUGCCGCCUUGAUGGUAUCUGAGGAGAAGACCCAACAUGACUCACCUGCAUCCGAGCGAUUUUUAGAAGGCGGCCGAAGUACACACCAGGGCCGGAGCGCUGCCUCUGCGCCCCAUCACCCUCGUCAGCCUCCACCUGUCUGCCCGAGCAGCGGGCCUUGACUGAGGAGCGCCUCGCCUCCUGACUCUGCCAGUGCUCGGUCCACGAGUCGCGCUGAGGAGGUGCCCCCCCAGCAGCAGCCGGUGCACCAGGUGCACCACCAACAGCAGCAGGUGCACCACCAGCAGCAACAGUCCCGCUAUGCCACACACGAAUACGUACACUGUAGCUAUGAGAAGGAAGUCGUAUGUGACCAGGCCAAUCCCUCGUCAAUGCACCAGCCCCAGACACCGCAACCACAGUCGCAGCAGCAGGUAGCACCACCAGUACAUCCACCGCCACCGCCAUUGCACCACUGCCAGCAGCAACAGCAACAGCCACAGCAACAGCAGCAACGCAAGCACAGCCACAGUCCGCACCACAGUCGCCACACCUCGCCGCACUCGCACCACCAUCACUCGCACCACUCGAGUCGCCACAGCCGCAGGAGUCGCCGCCAGGGUAGCGGAAGUCUGCCGGGAGCUCAUCAGGCCGGCUCCUCCGGCCACCCCAGCUCGGUGGUGCGUCCCUCGAUCUGCACCAGUCGUCGCCACCGCUCCGUCACCGAUAUACCCACGUCGAACGUGUGCCACGACCCCGCCUGCUCGGACCGGGAGGUGCAGGAGAUCCUCGUGAGACGCACCUGCUGCAACACCACCAACACCAACAGCUCCUCGCGCACCGAACUGGCCCAGUGCUUCGCCGAAGAUCUCUACGGCUCAUCCAGGAGGCCCAGUAGUUGCUGCACCAGCUCCGACUACUGCUACCAGACAGACUCCACCAGUCUCUACGGCUCGCGGUCUUCGCUGAGUCGGAACAACUCGAUCAAGUCCGCCUCGGUUCUGGUGCGCAAGCACCACAGGAGUCAGAGAAGUCUGUUGCCAGAACAUCGCCACCCCAGCUACACUUCCAUAUCCCUGAGGGGCCUGAACGCCAGUCGGCCCAACAGUCAGCUGGGCUCCCUGACAUCCAUUUUCGAUCGAGCCAAGAGCAUGGCUCCCGAGCAGGGGUCCACCCUGGAGCGUCAGAGCUCAAAGGGCGCCCUGGGCAGCACCGAGCUGCCGGAGUACGCUUGUUCGCCAUCGCCCAUCCGCUGGAGCUUCCUGGCCGAUGGCAGGUCUCCCUCGGAGAUGGAGGGAGCUGUGGGUGGAGUGGGUGGUGAGAGGGACAGCGAGGAAGACAAGCUGGAUGCCUGGCAGGUGCCCGAACCGGAACCGGAGAUGAAGCCCUGCCGGAAGAUCACGAGUAACUCCUCCGUCUAUGAUGAGGGUCCCAGCACCUCGGCGGCGGCGGCCCGGAAGCGGCGAGGCAGCAAGGGAAGUCGCGGCAGCAAGGGCAGCUCCAGCAGCUAUCACUGCGAGUUCGAGGAGGAGGCCACCACCACGGUGAUGUUCCACCAGGAUGCCGGCGAGGCGUACAACAACUGCUGCAGCAACAACUACAACUACAUACAGUGCAACAGCUACUUGGACCAGGAUCUUCAGAUCACCAGCGAGGACAUCCAUCAGUAUCUCUCCAAGGGCGAUGCCACGGCCAGUGAUAUCCUGAACAACUCGAAGAACUAUCCCUUUCAGCCCUCGAACGCCUUGGAGUUUCAGUACAAGAACAACUUCCAGCAGGGUCAGAAUGCGAAUCCGAAUAACAAUAAUACCAACACCACGAACACAGCCUCCAGCGAUGCGGCCGAGUGUUUCCAGAGCUAUAACAGAGCCAGUUCGAAGGAAACCAACCUGAAUCAGAGCUCCACCGAACAGCUCUCGCCCACGAACAUCAACUUGUCGACGAGCUCGAACAAUAUCAACAUAGUGUUCAGCAGCAGUCUGGAGAGGAAUGCCAACGAGGUGAAGUUCAUCAACAACAGAGGAGGUGGUGCAGGUGGCUCGGAGGUCCAGAGCUGCGAGGUGGGUCACCACGCCGGCUACCUGCCCUACACCUAUCCCAGCUACGAUUACACGAACAUGUCGGGGAACUCGCACUUUGAGAAGCCCAUUGGGAUAGACGAGUUGCCCAAGGAGUUUGCUGGCCUGGACGGUGCUCCUUCCACCACCAGUGAGCACUCCUCGUCCCUGCCAUCGCCGCAGCCACUGACGCACCACCAGCAGCUGCACCACUUCGAGUCCUUCGACGCCGCCUCCGAGCACAAUCUGCUGGCUGCCCAACCCCUUUCCCCGGGCUCACCGGGCGGCUCCGUGAACCCCGCUGGGGACGACUUUGUCCAGAUGCAUCACUACCAUCACGCCAACUCACCGCACUCACAAUCGCACCACAGCCACGCCCACACCCACGCCCACCAUGCGCACCACCACCUGCUCAACCACCACCCCGCCGCCGCUUAUGACCUUGCCGACGAGCAGUUCCGGUUGGGCUCGGCCUUGAAGCGAGUGCGCAAGCGAGCACGCAAGUACACCGACUUUCUGCGCAAAAAGUGAGUGCCUCGGACUCACUGCAUCCUCCCGUAGAUUCACCCUACUUCGGCCGCAAAUAUCUGGUGGUCUCGAAGCGACGAUCGCAGAGCCUGGACGAAGACUAGUCACGUUCGUGUGGCGACUGGACAAGCAAUUACUGAAGAAUUCGCGGUGCUGGACAGCCGAUCGAGAACCGUACUUACAUUUACUUACAAUUUUUACACUGCCAAAAAAUUAAGAGAAUUAAAGUUAAUUUUGUGCUAAGCCAAAACUCUGUUUGAAGCGAGGAUCAGAAGAAAGUACACACUUGCACUACGGGAAGGGUGGAUUUUGAGGGUAGAAAAUAAGAUCAGAGGAGAUUCUAAAAAGGUUCUUUGAAAGUGAUGUGAGAUUUCAAGGUUACCCAUAAGGUUUCAAGGAACUGUUUUGUAGAACUUGUCAAGUCAUCACUUAGCACCCCCAGAAAAACACCCUCCCUAAUGCACAAGUCACACACACGAAUCACAUCAGCUGCAAACACCAGAGGAAGACGAACAACGACUAUUUUAAAUAAAAGAAAGAAUUACUUAAGCUAACAGUGCGUAUACAUAAUAAAUACAAGCGAUAGGUGAGCGGAGAGAGCAUUUGUAUAUUCAACUUACACAUUAAGCGAAGGUUUUGAAUUUGCAUAUUUAAAUGGACUAAACACUAAGCACAAAUACAUAGUUAAGAGCCAAGGCAAAUGGAAAUAACAAUGCACACACCUACUCAAGCCUAGAUGAUAGACAACCAAUCUAACAUACCAGUUAAAGCUAGCUAUAAGGAUGCUAAAAGGAUCGGAGGAUCGCACGGAGGCGGUCGGAGCAGCGCCACAAGAUUUAGAGUUUCAGCAACCGCAACUGCAAACGCAACUGCAACUAAGUAAUAAUAUUAACCAUUAAUUAACGAACAACAAACAGCAAGACGACAGAAACAACAACAGCAACUGUAGUUUGGCACUCUAAGGGCAACAAGUUUAAUGUUUAAAUAUUAGAGAAAAAGAAGAGUUAAGAUUACACAGCAAAGGGAGAGUUUUGUUAGCAUUUAUUUGAUAUGCGCAUUUUUUCAGGGACUGCUUGCGAUUUUUGUAAUAAAGCAAUAAGCCGUUUUGCUCAAGGAUUGAACACGUUUCCGUUUUUAUCCAAUGAAAGCCCCACAAUCGUUUCGAUUUCCCCGCGACUCGUUUCAAGUGUACUAUCCCCAACAACUGUCUUCCAACUAUACUUUCUAGUCGUAUCUCUCUGCCUCAGUUGCUUUCGAAAACUCAAA